CCUCCUAUGACUUCUACAACACAGCCUGGACCUUCCACUGUACCACAGUUUGUCGUGAUUCACGACCAAAUGCAACAGUCUUGGAAACAUCCAGUCGUACAUUAUGUUUUUGAAGACGAGCCUUUCCCUACAAAUGCGCCCAAAGAUAGGUGCAUUCUGGUAAACCUUAAAGAAGAUGGUGAAA